AUGUCCGCACCAUUCCGUCGUGUCGUAACCGGCCACAAGGACGGUAAGUCCAAUGUGUUACUCGACGACAAGCUUGAGCUCAAUCCGGGAUUCGCCUCGAACGCCGUCACACUCUGGCUGAACCACCAAUACCCUGCCGAGCUCGCCGACUGCGAUGCCGCUGCAGAAGGCGGCGUCAAGAUCAGCACCAAAGGCUCACUGAUUCGCGUCGUCGAUUUCCCUCCAAAUUCGCAAGGGCAUAAUCACCGCACCAGAACUCUGGACUAUGGUAUAAUCAUGGAUGGAGAGAUCGAACUGGUGCUCGAAGAUGGAUCGAAGACGGUUGUGCGCGCAGGAGAGGUGGUAGUGCAGCAGGCAACAAUGCACCAAUGGAACAACAACACGGAUAAGGCGUGUCGGGUGAUCUUUGUUCUUUUUCCAUCGAAAGCAGCAACAGGCCCUGAUGGAGAAGAGUUGGGUGAUGCGGGUGUUCCCAAGAAGUUUCAAAUGGACGACUAA